AAAAUCAGAUUAUCUAUGAUCCAGCUCAAAAAUGGUACAACAAAUAAUAAUUAUAUAUAUAUAACAAUAAAUUAAUUAACAUGUCCAUGUAAUCUCCCAACAUUGCGAAGUCCCUACGCCCUGGCUCUCUCACAAUCCUACCUCUUGUCUCGAUUCUCCCUUCUCCUUCCACCUCAGGAUCUCCCCCAGAUUCCUAUUUCAGAGACUCAUUUCUCCCUUUUGAUCCCCGCCCCCUCACCAGCUGUGGUCUUUGUAAUUCACGUGACCGAAAGGAUUAUCCAUGUUUGCUUGUAGUUUGGUGAUUACUCUUUUGAGAUCUAAAACCCAGGUGAAGCUGACAGAAAAUGGGGAUAUAUCUUAGCACUCCAAAUACUGAGAAAUUUUCUGAAGAUGGUGAAAAUGACAGGCUAAAGUAUGGUCUCUCAUCCAUGCAAGGAUGGCGUGCAACCAUGGAAGAUGCUCAUACCGCAUUGCUAGAUCUUGAUGAGCACACAUCGUUCUUUGGUGUUUAUGAUGGCCAUGGAGGGAAAGUAGUUGCCAAGUUUUGCGCGAAGUACCUACACACGCAGGUUCUCAAGAAUGAGGCCUAUGCAGCUGGCGAUUUAGGCACCUCUCUUCAGAAAGCUUUUCUGAGAAUGGACGAAAUGAUGCAAGGGCAAAGAGGAUGGAGGGAACUAGCUGCAUUAGGAGAUAAAAUUAAUAAGUUUACCGGCAUGAUUGAAGGACUAAUUUGGUCUCCAAAGGGCGGGGACAACCAUGAUAAUGAAGAUGAUUGGGCUUUUGAGGAGGGACCCCACUCUGAUUUUUCCGGGCCCACAUCUGGAUCCACUGCUUGCGUGGCGAUCAUAAGAAACAACCAACUUGUUGUUGCAAAUGCUGGUGAUUCUCGCUGUGUUAUCUCGAGGAAGGGUCAGGCGUACAAUUUGUCCAAAGAUCACAAGCCAGAGCUUGAGGCCGAGAGAGAAAGGAUACUAAAAGCUGGGGGGUUCAUCCAUGCAGGACGAGUCAAUGGAAGCUUAAACCUGUCAAGAGCAAUUGGCGAUAUGGAGUUCAAGCAGAACAAGAUUUUUCCUCCUGAGAAGCAAGUCAUCACCGCCAAUCCCGACAUAAACACUGUGGAGCUAUGUGAUGAUGACGAGUUUAUCGUUCUAGCAUGUGACGGCAUAUGGGAUUGCAUGUCGAGCCAGCAGCUGGUGGAUUUUAUCCACGAACAAAUGAACACAGAGAGCCGACUCUCCGCCAUUUGCGAGAAAGUACUCGAUAGGUGUCUGGCACCGACGACAAUGGGCGGGGAGGGAUGCGACAACAUGACGAUGAUUUUGGUGCAGCUCAAAAAGGCUAGUAGCUCGGGCACCGCAUCUGCAUCGGCAUCUGCUGCAGAACAAUCAACGCAAACUGAAUCUCGCGAUGAUGAGCAAGAGAAUACUAAUGGCUCUUUAAAUGAACACCCCAAAGUUUGAAGCUGCUGAAGAUGAACAAGGAAGCUGGUAGAAAUUAAACUGUAUAGAAUUAAACAAACUUUUUUAGCAUGCAAUGUGUAAUCCACUGCAGUUGUAUUCUUAUGCUUGUAUGGAGAGCUAGGCUCCUAUGCAUUCGAAAGUAUAGAAUCAAAAGUAUAGAAGUCUUCGUGCUUAAAAGUUGUUUUCGAUGAUGGGACAUCGGAUUCGACGAUCGGCUUCGUUAGGAAUGAAUCUACGCUAUUAGAAUUGUUUGGAGAUCAAAUUAUAUAUUUUUUUUUA